AUGACUAGUCUCACUUUGAACACCAAUAAAACUACCGGCACAGGUAUUGGUGGUGGCUUGGGUAAAACUACCGGUACAGGUCUUGGUGGUGGACUCGGCGGCCUUGGUAAAAAAGAUGCCCAACCAAUUGAGAUUCCACCAGAACUUAAAGGAAAAACAGUCAAACAAGUUCUCGAACAAUUCGAAAAGCAAUUAGAAGAGCAAGUCAGACAAUUCCAAAAUCAAGCAAGACAAGUUGCAAGAUGGGAUCGAGAAAUUUUUGAGUGUUUAUCACUUAUGCAACAUCUUGAGUCACAAAUUAAUACAGUUGAAGGAGCGCAAAAGGAACUCGCUCAAACAACAAAAAGUUUAUUAGAUGAACAAACAGAAUUCAUCAAGACUUUAACAGAUGAAAAAGAAAAGAUCCAAAUCCCAGAAUCUGCUGAUCAGCGUCAAAGACUGUACCAUUUAGCAUUCGAACUUAGCAAUAACUUCAUAUCCAUGGAAAAUAAUCUUAAAAGCAUCGUAGAACAAACAGAUAAAUCAUCAACAGAGAGUACAACCGAAGUUGGAAAGAUCGAACAGAUCGCCAACUGCCAUUUGGACGCAAUGAGGUGGAUUGAACACCAGACUUCAUCUCUUGAAGAGAAGCUUGAUGCUCUCACUAAGAAAUUACAGACAAUUCAGUGA